AUGUCCUCGACGGCAUGUGUAGCUUACCUUCGACGCUCGACGGACGACGCCAUGGCCACAAACAUGGACGCAUCUCCGGUCUCCGGCGACUGGCUUGACCGGAUGCCGGCGCGCCGCGGGGCGGUGUUUCAAAUUUCGCUGAUAGGGUGUACUUUGAUACCGAUGGCUGUUCCGAAGAACGAGAAGACUGCCCGUAAGCGUCUAUGCCUCAUCGUCCCAGCGCAUAACACUGCGGGUUUAGCGCCGACUCUUGGGCGGGGCGCCAUCCGUUUGGGCUCCUGCAUCGCUGGGCGGCUGUUCCUGCGCGAUGUCGCUCCUUGGUCGCAUGUCUUUUUGCCGAGUUAUUUUCCUGAUGGGCCCCGGUCCAGACAUUGCCAAUUUCCGUUCCGCAUCCUCCAUCCUCCAACGAGCCUAGUCGCUCUGUCUACGACGACUCUGCCACCUGCGACUGUUGACGACGCUCGACAGCGGACACGGGCAUCAGCCACGCCAACGCCACUUUCCCAUUUAUCACCCCAUCUCGCCCUUAUUCGGCCGCCUCUUAUAUAUGCUGCCGCCCAGUCUGACGGCUCUCCCACCUAUGCCCGCUGCCUCUGUCUGACGCCCCCUUCCCCUCCCCGGUCCUUCCCUCUUUCCGCCCCGCCCCGCACACCCUGCUGCUUGAGGAUACCGCUUGGAAUCUCGCGACCCUUUUCAGCCCCAUCUUCACCACCUCCACCACCCCUUCCCUCUGCCCGCCCACUAGAAGAAGAAAUGUCGAGCACUACCACCACCAGCACCCUCGCCAACUUACCCGCUGCCUCACUGUCGAGCAGCCCCACCACCACCACUGCUAUCGCCCCAGCCACGGGCCCCACCGACGCCACCAUCCCCAACCCUGCUGCACCAAUCAAACGCCCCCGGCGCCGUGCCCCCACGGCCGAGCGCCGGGCAACCCACAAUGCGGUCGAGCGCGCGCGCCGCGAGACCCUCAACGGGCGCUUCCUCGCAUUGGCGAGUCUGUUGCCGCCGUUGAGGGUAAUCCGAAGGCCCAGCAAGAGCGCCAUCGUCAAUUCGAGUAUUGCGACCGUCCAGGCUGCGAGGCGCCACCGGGUGCUUGCGGCCCAGACUUUGAAAACGAUGUUGAGGGAGACUGAGGCUUUGCGCCGAGAAGUAAACGAAUGGCGUACGCGCGCACGUAUCCCGACUCUGGAUGCGCCGCUGCGCAGCGAGACAGACAACCAGGCCCUCGACAUGGUCCUCCGCGGCGAAGUCGAGGAGCUCGAGGUCGACCUAGACGUCAUCGGCGAGUUUGAGGAGGAGAACGAGAACGACGAAGAAGAGGAGGGCGAGGAGAACAUGAUGAGCAACAGCUACCACGAGGAGGAUGUGAAGCCGCCCGUCAACGCCAACGACGCGCGCUUUGCAUUCGAGAUGUCGCCGGUGUCCCCGAUGAGCGCGAUCUCGGGGCCGAUGAGCGCGAUGGCGAUGGGCAUGCCUAUCCCCAGCCCGCCGUCGACGAGGGGCUCCAUGUCGAUGCCCAGUCCUGGCGCAUCGUCGGAUGCCGGCUCGUGGGACGGCCCGCGGACUCCGCCCAGCCCGGUCAAGGCGAUGUACCGCAACAAGCCGCCGACUUACAACCAGGAGCAGUAUUAUCAACACCAGCAGCAGCAAGUCAAGGGCGCCGGCGCGGCGUACGAUUUGGGGCUCGAUAUGGGCUUCGAGCAACAGCCGCAGUAUGCCCCCGCGUCAGCCCAGCCUGGCUACAACAACGCUGGCGCAUAUGGAUACGAUGCAUUCCCUGCUGGUGCUCAGUCGUACAACGGAUUUGACGGGGGCUGGGCGAACGUCAACCCUGCCCACCCGGCGUUCUACGGCGUGGCCGGCGUCGCCCCGGGCCAGUAUCUCCACCAGCCGCGGGCGAUGGGGACGUUCUAG